UUUCAUCGUGUUCAAAAUUUUAUUUAAGAAGAAUCGCUUCUCGUUACUGAAACAGGCGCGUGAAUCAGUGGAAGACAUUCAUAAAAAUAUUGGUUAAAAAGAACCGCGUUAUAUUUUGUUCUGAACCUGAACCAUGGAUCAUACUUGGAGAAAAUCUGUAAAAAUUAUAGAAAAAUACAACAGAGAAGAAAGUCUUCGAUGUCGAGCAGUAAAUUUAGUUCCAGAGGAUUACUAGAAUUGUACUAUCCUGUAGUCCAGAGCUGACGCUAGAGCUGAUCGAUCCAGUCAUCUAGAACUGAUCCAAGAAUUGAUUGAUCUAGUCGUCUAGAACUGAUCCAAGAAUUGAUCGAUCGAGAAAGAUCCAGUCAGGCUUGAUCUCAUAUUCAAGUCAAGAUGAAGCCAAACCAAAAUCUGUUUCUGCUCGCCCUGUUCAUGUGGGCAAAAGCGGCAAAAAUUCUUGCACAAACUCAAACUUCCGUUUUUUCUUCUGCCGAAGACACCAACACUUUUGUGACAAAAGGGCAAAACAAUAACGCUCCAGAUGUUAACAUCGGAUCACCGAAUAAUAUAAAAAAUGAUAAAAGAGACAUCAUCGACGUCUCUAGACAUGCAAGAGGACACGAUAAUAUGGCCAAAAGAAAAGAAAAUAAUGUAAUUGAAAAAAUUCGCCAUGAAACCGCCGCGAGUGCAAACCAUUACACCACCGCAGAUGAUGCUAAUGGUUUGGUCUCAGACAAAAUCAUCAAUUUCGCAAAUGAUGAUGAAAAACAUUAUCGCAACAGAGAAUUUCGCUCUAAGAAAAAACACAGGAAUAUUUCAAGUCAAGGCAAAAACAAAAAGAAACGCUCCAGAAGUGAUCAUAUUUUGGGCCUCUUACCUGACCAUUGGCGCAAACUACAGGAGGAUCGCUACCUUCGUCCGAUAGACGUGGCCGCUGAAGCUCGUCUCGCAGCUCGGAGGAAGGCCGCGUUCGAGGUGUACGUCGCGACCAAGAACUCCAGCCUGAACGUGCAUGUGGAUGACGUCAUGGUGUACAGUGUUGCGGGCGAGGCUUCGGACGAGGUGCACGCGCUGGCGCUGUCAGGCGACGGAGAAGUGAUGCUUCGCCGCGACUUCCGUACGGGACAACCGGCGGAGACUGAACUGCUUGGCCAAACCCUGACCAACCUGCAGCCCGGGGCUCUGGUCGUCUUGGUCAUGAUGUUCGGUGCCGGGGACUUCCUGAGAAGCACAGAGCGCAUGCUGCUGCACCACCUGGGGAUGAGGGGCGACACCGUGGGAGGAGCCCUCAAGUUAGGCGCUGACGUGGCGCAGGGGAUAGGCUCGUCUCCAUACCUCAUCGACGACACGCAAUUAAGACAACGAAUAGAAGCGGAAAGGACGAAGGGGUUGAAGAUGCCCUAUAAAGUUCUCUUGCUCACACCUGAAGGGGAGGAAGUGAGGGAAGAGCUGCACGACGAGAAUGGCCGACUCUUGGUGUACAAUGGUUACGUUGGAACAGAUGAUCCGUCUAUCCUGAUCAGUGUUGUUCCCGACAACUGGCCGCCGCAAAAUGCAGGGGAGAAGUUCGUGGCACGAGCCUACCUCGAAACUGCCAUCGUCUUGAAAGGGAAUAAAGACCAACAGUCCAACCUGGAUCUAUCACUUCUCCUCCCUAGAAAUCGAGGAACAGAAUGCGACUGGCACCGGGACCCCCGGCGACAGAAGCAGGCGCAGUUUUGUCGCCGCCACGAAGGGUACGGGACUUUGUGCCGCUGCAAGGACCCUUUGGACCCCCAGCGGCUGCGACGGUCCUCGGACCACAUCCCCAUGUCGGAGGCCAUCCCCGUCGCCAUGCUCACCGCCACCAAGUGCCACUUCUUCUACCGGCAGCUGAUAAGUCUGCUGCUUGCCAAGGGUGCGGCGCAAACCGACAUUUUGGUUCUCACCGAUGGUCAUCAGGAGGAAACUUCGCAGCUGGCCGCCAUCUUUGAUCUGCCGGUAAUCGAGCACCGCCACGAGGGAGACGCCGGCACCAGCACGCCCCUCAACGCGCACUUCAGAUUUUCUUUGUUCACGGCCUUCUCGACCUUCCGCAACGCCUCUAAAGUCAUCAUCUUGGAGGACGACCUCAUCGUAUCGCCUGACUUCAUCAGCUACUUCCACCAGACGGCGUGGCUGCUGGACGCUGACGCCACACUCUACGUCGUGAACAGCUUCUCCGCCAACAGCUGCCCCACGGUCGCCGCUGACGCCACACGUGUUAGGCGCUCCGAAAUGCUGCCCCAGUUCGGCUGGAUGGUCACAAGAGAGUACGCUCAAGACGUUCUACCCUUAUGGGUCGAUAAUUCGGAGACCAUGAUCGACUGGGACUGGUGGCUGCACACUGAACGCCGACGUCGGGGGCGACACGCCUUGGUGCCGGAAGUGUCCCGUAGUUUCCACUCUGGUUCGUUUGGGGCCCACGUCUCAGGGUUCGGCCAGGCCUUCAUAUUCUCGAACAUGAUCUACAACCGCGAUCCAGACACGCGACUAAAUAAUUUACAUCUGCUGACGAAAGAUGCUUACGCAGAACACAUAUUAAAAGAGUUGCAGAAAGCGAAGAUGCUGCCUAGUACUUUCAACCCGUGCUCUUUGGAAACAAUACCGGAAGAAGUC